AUGACUCCUGCUUCAGAACACGAUUGGUGUCCUAAUGGAGAAGCUGAUGAAAUAGAAGCAAAAGUUUUUGGAUCUGGGUAUUUCGAACAAAAUGCUCAAAAAUACAUGAAACAUCAACUUAUGAAUUCAUCUGAGAAGCCUGGCGAAGCGCACUCCUGUAGGCAACCGAGGUUUCAUCAUAAUUGCCAAAAGAUCGAAUAUAGGUUAACCAUGAACAAGUUUCAUGAGAAUACAACCAGUUUAAUUAUUUGCAAUGAGCAAACUUGGCGUCAAAAUCUCAUUCUAAGAGUAAGGACAUACAAUAUGUCCUCACCCAUGUCAAGGGUUAGGCGUGCAAAAGAAAAAACUCCACUUAUGAAUCACCCUUAG